AUGUUUAAUAGACACAGGAAUACUGCCGAGUCAAUACUUGGACUGAAUCAUUUAGUAGAAUGUCCAUCAAAUAAUUGUGGAGAUUACGAAAGCUUAAUAACGACAGUUAAAGAAAAGCAAGAUGUUUUGGAUAAGUUAAACAGCAGAAGAAGCAAGAUUGCAUCGGGCGAAAUUCGUUCUCUGCCUUCAGCAGAAAAUAUGAUGAAGUUGAUAUGGAAUGACGAGUUGGAACUUUUUGCUCAAAGAUGGGCCGACCAGUGUGUCAAAAGUAGUUCUUAUAAUGAAACAGAUUCUUGCAGAGAUUUGGGUAAU